AUGGCUGCUAAGAAUACUAUUCCUCCAACUCCGCUGCUUUCGGAGAAACAUAAUGGCAUUCCAGAACGACUCUUUGCUAAAGCGGAACAAGCCAAGUCUGCUAUUUUCAAUAUUGCCACCAAGCCCCAGAGUAACAGAAAUCACGUUGCUAUACCACAGGGGAUAAGUGAGAAUGCUUUUUACAACGCCAUUGAUGAGCUCCGCACAGAAUUGGGCAAAGAGCAUGUCAAACUCGUGACAAAGCUGGUCGAUGGAUGGUAUAUGGAGAAUCCCAACACCCAUGAUGGAAUGCAUGUGUCGGAGGAGGAUGACUUUGUCGCCUCAGUGACAGUCUAUCCAAGCACCACAGAAGAGGUCCAGGCAAUCGUUCGCUGGGCGAACAAGCAUCGUAUCCCCAUUUCUCCAAUCUCAAUUGGGCGCAACUAUGGCUACGGUGGCGCCGCCCCUCGAGUCCGUGGUGCGGUAGUCAUCGACCUUGGACGUCGAAUGAAUCGAAUCCUCGACAUCAACCCCGACAAUUGCACUUGCUUGGUAGAGCCAGGCGUGACUUACUUUGCCCUGUACGAAGAAAUCCAAUCUCGUGGUUUCAAAAAUCUAUGGGUUGAUGUGCCCGAUAUUGGAGGGGGUUCGGUCUUGGGAAAUGCCAUGGAUCGGGGUGUUGGCUAUACCCCUUACGGCGAUCACUGGAUGAUGCACUCCGGGAUGGAGAUUGUUCUUCCUACUGGGGAGGUGAUCAGGACGGGAAUGGGAGCUCUUCCGGGUAACAAUAGCUGGCAAUUGUUCCCUUAUGGCUUUGGACCGACCGCGGAUGGUUUGUUCUCGCAAUCUAAUAUGGGAAUUGUGACCAAAAUGGGAUUCGGGUUGAUGCCAAAUCCUGGUGGCUAUGAGAGCUAUCUCUAUACCUUCUCGAAAGAGGAAGAUCUCUCCCAAUUGAUCGAGAUCAUUCGCCCCCUUCGGAUUGCCAUGAUUCUAGAGAAUGUCGCUCAGCUCCGUCAUAUCAGCAUGCAAGUCGCAUUAGAAGGCAAGCCUCGAAGUGCUUACUACACUGGAAAGGGUCGAGUCCCAGACAAGCUCAUUCAUGAGGCGGCAAAGAAUCUUCCUCACGGUGACUGUGCAUGGCUCUACUACGGCAUGGCCUACGGUCCCCAAGAUAUCCGCAAAUACAAGCUGGACAUCAUCCACAAGGAGUUCAUGAAAAUCCCUGGCGCGCGACAGGUUGACCCCACCAGCCUCCCCACCGACGACUACUUCUGGGUACGCGAUCGAAUUGCCUCCGGCGUGCCCGAUAUUGAAGAACUUCGAUGGGUCAAUUGGCACCCGAACGGCGGCCAUGUUGCGUUCAGUCCUGUUUCGCCCGUGCGAGGACAGGACGCGACAGCCCUAUGGGACAUCGCACGAAAGCGCUGCGAUGAGUUCGAUUUGGAUCUCUUCCCGACGUUCUGUGUUGGAUUACGCGAAAUGCAUCUGAUUGUGGAAAUUGUAUUCAACCGUGAUGACGCCGUUAUGCGGAACAAGGCACGGGCCUGUCUGCGGGGGAUGAUCGACGAUGCCGCCGAGAGGGGUUAUGGCGAGUACCGCACCCAUCUAGCGUUUAUGGAUCAAAUUGCGGGCACGUAUAACUGGAAUGAUGGGGCGCUGCUGAAGUUCAAUGAAAGGAUUAAGGAUUGCCUUGAUCCAAAUGGAAUCUUGGCCCCUGGUAAAUCUGGGAUCUGGCCGGCGCGGUAUCGUAGGCGUGGCUGGGAGAUGAGCAGCAAGGAUGAGAGUUCUGAAGGACAGGGGGUGAUCCCGAGUGCGGGGUCAACUAGGCUCUAA